AUGGCCGGGUUGAGCACGCUGCAGGAAUUGGCCGCCAGUAUGGAUGAGCAGCCUGUGGUGGAGGGGGAUCGUGGUGAGAUGUAUCGUGUGGAUAAUGCAGGCCAUGAUCUGCCGCGGCCGGGGGCAGCAACGAGUCAGCGCAGCAGUCGGAGUAGUCGUGGCAGUCGGAGUAGCCGGGAGAGCUCGGGGACUGCUUUUCGGCGCGCUGGCUCUUCUCAGCGAAGCUCGGUGCAUGGACGAUCAGAGACGCUUCAACUUCUGCUGGAGGAGCAGGCCCAUCUGCAAGCCCAGGUAGAGGGGGCGCAGGCUCGCUUGCGCAGUGAUACGCAUUCACUAAAGGAUGACCUGUACGCGCGCAAUCGCGACCUGGCCGAGACCAAUCGGGAUCUGCGUGACCGUCUAGAGGUGCUCAAGCAGCAGACGUUAGAGGAGAUUGGUCUGCGCGUAGCAGCAGAACGCGAGGCUACAAAAUUGGCUGCUGACAUCCUAGCCUUGCGAGACGAACUCUCGGACCAGGAUGAGCCUGUCCCCGUGGACGCCCUCAGCCUCCUGACGCUGGUCGAGACGCUGCAGGCAUCUCGACAUGAGCGCGACAUGGCUCUGGAGCGCGCAAAACGGGCCGAAGCGGCGCGUGCCAAGCUCGAGGCACACAUGCAAGAGCAAAGAGGGCGAACCCAUAAACCAGGUGGAGACGCGGAGCCCCUCAAAUAUUAUGAGGAGGUGCAUCAGCUCCAAAAGCAGCGUCACGAGGAAAUGAAACGAGCCAUGCAACGCCUGCAAGCACAGCUUGCGGACAAAGAGCGAGAGCUUGCUGAUUUGCAAGCGAUGGUGGGCCCAGAUGUACGGCGCAAGUGGGAUGACGAUGCCAUGGCCUUUGUGCCCACGGCACAGGAGUUGCGCCUGCAGGAGCUGCAAGCAGAGGUUGAGCGUCUGCGUGCCAGGGCAGCGCGUGACCACCAGCAGCGAAAAGAUUACGAGCACUUGGCACGUCGGCAUCAGCAGCGCGAGGCGCGUGCCGGCGCGCAGGAGCGACUGCAACAUCUGGUGCGCGAGUAUGAGGCUGACCAAAAGCGGCUGCGUCACCAGAUGCAGCACUUGCAGCGUCAGCACGAUGCCCAGGCCAAGGUGCAGGAGAUGCAGCUCUCGGACCUGGAAACGGCCUUGCAUCAUGCACAAGCACAGAUGCCCUUGUCGGCACCCGAUGCCUACGUCACCCUCUGCGCCCACCAGUGGCAGGUGGACACAUACCUGGACCUCGCGCGUGCCUUGCAAGAGCUGCUGCACCUUACGUUCUACCAUCUGUCAGACGCCGAUGCACAGCAACUUCGUCGCCACAUGGAGGCCUUGGACCUGGGCUUGCUCGAUGAGGAGCUGCCCGCUCGGUGGGAGUGUCUGGUUGAUGCCAAUGGCCUCUGCUAUUACGUGGAUCAUGAGACCAAGACCUCGUCCUGGAUUCAUCCACGGUUUACCCAAGCUUUGGAGCAAGUGGCUCACCAUCAAUCAGUGGACCCUCUGCCACCACCAGCUCGAGUCGACGAGCCACAGCGUCGUUCGUCUGGACCGCCCACAACCUAUGCCGAGGGCGCUGCCAUCGUUGCCGCCUUGCAGCAGCAGCCGGUUCAGCAGCAGAUACAGCGGCAGCGAAAACAGUCGGGUCAAGACCUUCCACCUCGACAGUCGCGAGGAUUGUUGCCUGCCAGUGCCGUAUCAAGCCGCGCAAGCUCUGAGCAAACCAAGUCAAAACCCAAAUCAAACAAGACGUCUUGGCGAGGGCGCCGGCGACAGAGAGAGGUAUAUCAGCUGGAAGAAGAUCUGGUCUGA